AUGGAUGCAUAUGUCUCUUUCAUCUUUGAUGGCUUUGACAACGUGAAAGAUAUCAAGAAAAUCUCAGACGGGGUUCUGAUAUUACAUGACCCGGAAACACAAUCAAAGACAAACUUUGACCUCGCCCAGGUUCCUCCGGUUGACAUUUCCACCUCGUCUCAUCUCAACCUGAAAAUUCUAUCAGGUCUCUUGACCGCUACAUCAGAUGUCAUUGCUUCUUUUGGAUAUGUAGAUAAACCAGGCUGCAAGGGAAAAGAAACUGACACUGUCCACUCAUGCACAGAGAGCACUGGUCUUUUCUUCUCACCAAACUACUUCGACCUGUACCCUCCAAACCUCGACCGUUCCUGGGAGAUCAGUACCCGGCCUUGGUCCCAAAUCAUCCUCCGUUUUAUCGAAUUCGACGUCGCUUCCCUCGAUGAGCGGUGCCAAGAGGACUUUGUGGUUGUCACUGACGUAUCGAAUUCGGCAAUCAUCGGGCGCUUCUGCAGUCAGACACCUCCGUCGGGCGACUACAUGUCUUCUUUAAACAGGAUGCGUCUUUCUUUUCACUCUGAUGGCAUUGAAGGUGGCGCGGGAUUCUUGGCAGAAUAUGAUACAGGGCAUCUGAUACCUGAUGUGUUCUCGGCAUCUAAUUUUACCAAUGAAACUUGUCAGACGGGUUGGGACUACUUCCGGCGAUCCUGCUAUAAGCUCUUUGUCAGCUCUGUCGUCAUAACAUGGAACGAGGCAGAGGCAGAAUGUGAAACCGUAGAGGACGCACACUUGAUCAGUAUUCACGAUAAGGAUGAGAUGACGAUGCUGCACUAUAUGAUGUCAACUCAAUGGCAGACUGUAGAUACAAAGACGUACAUAGGCAAGUUUGAUUAUUUCUGA